AAUCAUUUAAUUGAAUUCUGUUUUUUCAAUAGUUUUCACUGUUAGUUAUUCAGACUGCAACUUGCAAGUGCUAAAAUUGAAAUUUAUUGAAGUCGAGCCUGGUUGAGUUGGGUGAAGUUGAGCCUACCAAAAGUUUAAAUCAAAAUAUUUCUGUUUUAAUUAAAAUUGUAGAAAAUACUCAUAGUCCAAAUAGUAUUUAUGGUUUGUUUGAAUUGAUUUUUACUAAUUUAUUUCAUAAAUCGCUGAAUCAUCAUUUUUUGGGACCGUUAAAAACAAAUCGAAGCGAGAGUAAAUUUUGAUUGUCAUGCCUCAUAGUCAUUGCCAUGGACAUGAUCAUGACCACGGAAGUUCAGAUGAGCUAGGUCUGCAAUAUAAUCUUUUUGAAAAAAUAGAUAAAGAAAAUCUGCAAUGCCUCAAUGAAAGUGUUGAUGGAGCUGGAAAAACAGUAUUUAAGCCAUGGAAUAAUCGUCUAGAUAGAAUACAUUAUGUCGAAAGUGAUGCUGAUGAGGAGUUAUUGUUUAAUAUUCCCUUCACAGGCAAUGUCAAACUAAAAGGCAUAAGAAUAGCUUCAGAGGAAACUGAAGCACACCCUUCUAAAUUAAGGCUCUUCAAAAACAAACCCAAUAUGACAUUUGAUGAUGUUACUUUGGAACCUGAUCAAGUGUUUGACCUGCAAAAGGACAGUGAAGGCAUUGUUGAGUACAGUCCAAAAAUUGUCACAUUCUCAUCUGUAUCACAUUUGACUAUGCAUUUUCCCAACAACUUUGGUGCAGAAAAUACGAAAAUAUACUAUAUCGGAUUAAAAGGCGAAUGGACACCAGGACAUAGGCAUGGUGUUACUAUUUGUACUUAUGAAGCAAGGCCGAAUCUUGAAGACCACAAAUUAAAGCAUUUGGAUACUGUAUCUAAAACCAUAGAAUAGAUAUUAUGCAAUAUAAUUAAACCUCUUAUAGUCAA